AUGGACAGCUCCUUCGACAUCCCAGACUCGACAGACUGGUUGAACACGCCGCUUUCGCUCGUCGCGCCGCUGGAGUCGGCGCUGCGAUGUCAAGUCUGCAAGGACUUCUUCGACAACCCGGUCAUCACGUCUUGUUGCCACACGUUCUGCUCGCUCUGCAUUCGGCGGUGCCUGAGCACGGAGGGGAAAUGCCCGGCGUGCAGGAGUCCGGACCAGGAAUUGAAGCUGCGCCGCAACUGGGCCGUGCAGGAGAUUGUGGAUUCGUUCAAGAAUGCGCGGCCAAGUGUGUUAUCGCUCGCGAGAGAGAAGGCCAGUAGUGCCGCGCAGGAGGGGCGAGAGGAAGAUGAUGAUGACUUGGAGCAACCUGCGGCGAAAAAGCGGCGACUGGAUCGACCUGAUGAGCCCAAUGGAAUACAGUCAGAGCGGAGGAGGACAAGAUCACAGAGACAAAGGUCCACGGAGAAUCAAGUCCCGGCCGCCGAGUACGAGGUUAUUGAAGACAGCGCAGAUGAAGACUAUGUGCCGGACGAUGGACUAGUCGCUUGCCCAAUAUGCAACAGAAGAAUGAAGAACGAAGCCGUUUUCAGCCACCUAGACGUGUGCAAAGGGCCCCAAGAGCCAUCGAAGACAUCCAAGGCUACAGGGUCUUUCCCAAUAGGGUCCCAAGCGUCACGAAAUACAGCCAAACCCCCAGAGAGACUGCCAGCCAUCAACUAUUCCAUCCUCAAGGAAGGCGAACUUCGCAAGAAGCUCAGGAAUCUAGGAAUACCCGAUUGGGGCCCGAGACCUCUUCUGCAGAGACGACAUACGGAAUGGAUGAACCUCUGGAAUGCGAACUGCGACGCAAAGGUUCCCAAGUCCAAGAAGGAGUUGCUACGGGAGCUCGACAUUUGGGAACGGACGCAGGGCGGUCUGGCGUCGACGUCACAGAGCGGCUCCAAUGCGGUCAUGCGCAAAGACUUCGAUACAGCAGCAUGGUCGGCCAGUCAUGAUGAUGACUUUAAAAAAUUGAUUGAAAGUGCGAGGAAGAGAAGUAAUGCAAUAGGAGGUCGACCUGCCAAUCCCCAACCGCCAGCCGGUCAACAGGGAGGAGAAGAAAGCAGUCUGAACGCGUCCAGCGAAGUGAGCGCCGCGGAAGCUCCCUCCAGUGAGCACAAAGACGAGGUCACCGCAACGGAACAAUCAAUACCCCUUCCUGGCGAGAAAUUAAGCCAGGAGGCCGGUCCCAAUGACCAGGAGAGCGGCCAGAAUCAGAUCCUGGAUGCGCCGGUAGCAUAG